CUACCUAAAUUUAGUUACCUAUUGCGACUUGCUCAUCACGUGAGCCAAGUUUAGAUAAAACUGGUCGCUGAGAAUAUCAAUAAUAUACACAUAUUGAAAACGUUUACCCCCAAGGUAACACUUCUGCACAUUGUAAAGAAUCUUUUAUACAUUUACCCGCACGCGAUACAGAAGCAUAAUUGUUUAUCGUUCAUUAUGCGCAAUUUCUGUGAUUUGUUUACCUUAGUGUCGGUGUUUUUAUUGAUAACAACAAGUUCAUUGUCAUUGCGAAUAGUUCGAUCUCCAGCCGAGGGAUCAUCGGAGGCUUCUCCGGUAUCGAACACCGGUAGUGAAAAAUGCGGAAUUAGAAAAAGAACUGAUAAUAUUAUUCCUGAUGUCGAUCCGUACGCUCAAUUUGGCGAAUUCCCCUGGAUUGUUGCUAUUCUACAGACCAGUCCAGCUAAAGCGAAUGGUGAACAAACAUUGGGCUUCAUUUGCUCAGGAUCACUGUUAUCCCCAUCUGUAGUUUUGACUGCUGCUCAUUGUGUAAAUAAUGUAGACCCGAGUACUUUGAGGAUUCGUGCAGGUGUUUACGACAUGAACGGCGACACUAAUGAUACACUUCCUCACCAAGAACGAUCAGUGAAAAAAAUCAGUAUACAUGGAAAUUAUUCGCACAAACUCUUGCUUAAUGAUCUGGCUCUGCUCAAUAUGACCGAGCCUUUCCACUUCGCAGACCAUAUUGGUCGAAUCUGUGCUCCUUUGGGACUGACUCCAUCACCAGACUCUUACGAUUCUACGAAAUGCAUUGUUGCUGGAUGGGGAAAGAAUCGACAAGCUGACGAAGGUACUGUGCCACAAAAGUUGAAAAAAGUUUACGUAGUCACUGUGCCUAAUGACGAAUGCCAAAAUUCUUUACGAAGUACACGUUUGGGAGGCAAAUUCCUACUCCAUCCGAGUUUCAUGUGCGCCAGAGAAGAAGAUCCUUAUAAUAUGGUGUGCCAGGGAGAUGGAGGAGGGCCACUAGUUUGUUCCUUGAAAUCAUCCCCGGAAAUAUAUGUGCAAGUAGGCGUUACAUCAUGGGGAGUUGGCUGCAGUAGUGCGAUACCAGGAAUUUAUGCAGCUUUGAUCACCAACACCGAAUGGCUCAAUAAUGAAUUUAAUAAUCUAAGUGGAACCACAACAUCGUCGUGAUUAUUUUGUAUUUUUGUUACAUGUGCAUCGAUUUGUAAAGUUUUCAAUACUCAUUAUUUUUUUUUU